AUGGGAAAAGAAAUAGUUUGUAAAGAGUCACCCAAUGAUGCUGGCAGACGUAGCAGAAUAUGGUUUCAUGAGGAUGUUUAUCGUGUUUUAACCGAAAAUACAGGCUCAAAAGAAGUCAAAGGAAUCAGAGUUGAGCUACCAAGGGAAGAUGAGAUAUUCUUGAGUGCUAAUUGCUUUGAAAAUAUGAAAAAUCUACAACUUUUUAUAAACAUCAAUGGACGCUUUUCUGGAGAGGUUAGUUAUCUUCCAAAUCAGUUGAGGUUCCUUGAUUGGCCUGGUUUCCCAACACAAUCUUUGCCAUCCGACUUCAAUCCCCAAAAACUUGUCAAGUUGAAUAUGCCAAACAGUCGCAUCUCACGACUUGGGCAAGGACUCAAGAAUAUGCAAAACCUGAAAUUUUUAAGUUUUGAGAGUUGCAAAUUCCUAACAGAGAUCCCUGACUUGUCUGGAAGGUUCCCAAACUUGAAGUGGUUGAAGUUAACUUCCUGUGCAAGUUUAGCUGAGUUGCAUCCUUCUGUUGGAUUCCUUGAUAAGCUUGUCUUCUUGGAUCUUAAUCAUUGUUGUAACCUUAAGACGUUUCCAAGAAUGGUCAACAUGAAAUCUCUGCAAGAAAUUAAUUUGGGAGGCUGCAAGAGGCUGGAGAACUUCCCAGAAAUUGUGGGAAGGAUGGAAUCCUUAAACAUGAUGGAUUUAUCUGGAACUGCCAUCAAAGAACUGCCUUCAUCAAUUGGAUAUCAUCUCUUUAAUCUUUCUCGGUUGUAUUUAUUCAAUUGUGAAAACCUGAAGUCUCUGCCGCUCAGCAUUAAUGAGUUGCAACGGCUAUGGAGCCUUGAACUCACAGGUUGCCCAAAACUGGAGCUUACUCCAGUUUCUAAUAAGGUGGAAUACGGUGAAGCGUCCAACUCAAACAUUUCACAUUACGACAAGCAAAUUUCGUCAGAAAAUGACGAUGGUCGAGGCAAUUUUGUGUUUCCUUCCCUACAGAGUUUCGGUAGAGGAGGAUGCAAUAUUUCAGACUGUGAUUUCCUUGUGACGCUUUAUGCGUCCACCUUACACUGGCUUGAUCUCUCACACAACAAUUUUGUUAGUCUUCCCACUGGCCUUACCAAAUUUAUCAAAUUGAAGCACCUUUUAUUGACUGGGUGCAAGAUGCUUCAAGAAGUUACGAAGCUUCCACCAAAUCUGCAACUGUUAUGUGUUAGAGAUUGCGUAUCUUUGGAAAGAAUUUCAAAGUUAUCGAACAUUUUGAAACAUCAAGAAUUGCAAAUGUUUUUGUGGUUGGACUUGACAAAUUGCUGGAGACUGUGUGACAAUCUGGUUCGGGAGGCAGGCAAGAAUGGUUUAUUAGUGAAUGAUGAUCAUCAAGUGGAGACUGAUCUCUUUUCUCUUUUUCUCUCUCCUCAGAAGUCUGCUUUCAGCGUCAGAUUACCAAGAAGUCGUGAAAUUUCAAAGUGGUUCAGCUGCCUAAUGGAUUUCAGAGGGAAUGGACGGAGUGAAUUUCAUAUUCAAGUCCUUACUAAUUUCAAAUGGCAGAACACAGGAUUGGCUCUAUGUGUCGACGUUUCUGAAAACACGCUAAACGGGAAGUUUGAAAUUUUUUUCAACGAAGUACGAGUGAAGAUUGGUGGUUUUAGUCAUUAUCCCCAGUUUGAUGGUGAUACUGCUGUGUUGCUGUUUUAUAUUCCUUUUGAUGGAAUGGAUGUGUAUCCGGCGUUUGGUUAUACGCGUCCGGUGCCACCUUUUCAAUGUCGAGUUACUAUUUGUCAAACUUACGGGGGUCCCAUGAAAAGCUGCGGGAUGCAUCUGGUAAUGCCACCAAAUGAAGUGCGUAUGGAACUAUCCCAGGCACUGUGCCACACAAAUACAACCGAAGCAGAUUGUCUGCUUUAUGUUUUGGAUUCAAUCGACAUUGCUUAUAAUGUGACUUUUGCCAACUGCAGAUUAAGUGAAAUGGCUGGUCACACAAUUGCUGAUGCUGAAGGACCAAGUGUUGUCGAUGAGAUAUGUAGCAUCACUAUGCAUCACUGGAAAGUCUAG